AUGGUUUCGAUCGAUGAGAAUAUCAAGACGGAAAGUUACGAUGAUGAUGAUUCCGACGCCCCGCUGGAAAUCACAACGAAAACAUCGAAAACUGAAAAGAAGAAAAAGAAAAAGAGUAAUAAACGUCGGAUUAAAUACACACUAGCAACGGAAGAUGAUGAUAAACCACAUAGCAAACGUGCUGAUGAAGAAUCCGCUUUGACACAUUUGGUUUUUGGUGAUGAUGAUGAUUAUCUCGAAGAAAUCACUUCUAGUACUACAAAGACAAAACAGGUGCAUUCGGAGCAAACGAACAAGACAGGUGAAUCGAAGAAACCGGCUUGGAUUGAUAGCGAAGAAGUAACUGAAGAAAUUGUUCGUGAACCAAAUUUCAAUCAGAUUCAACCGAAGAAACGACGAAAGAUAACAACAGGAGAGUAUGAGACUAAACUGAAAGUCGAAUAUGAACGUGUAAUGGGUCGACCAUCAUGGGCAGAGAAAUUACUGAAUAAGAAAGCAGAAGAUGAUGACAGUGAUGAAGAAUUGUUUCGCCGUACGGGUAAUUAUCUAACAAAAUCCAAUGUACUACGAGCUGGGACAAUUGAUUGCCUUCGUUGUUCUGAUUUCAAACAUGAUGUUGCUCAUUCUAAAUUGUUAAGAUCCGUUGAAUUUCAUCCAACUGCAAAAAUUCUUCUCACUGCGGGUCGUAGUCAAUAUCUGAAUUUAUAUCAGGUUGAUGGAAAGAAAAACGAACGGAUCCAUUCUCUGUUCUUCGAACGAUACUCCAUCGAUUCAACACAUUUUACCAAAGAUGGCAAUCAAAUAAUCGUUACCGGUGAUCGAAAUUUCUUCAAAGUCUACGAUAUGAUCGAAGGAAAAAUUAGCCAGAUUCCAAUGAUGAGAGGAUUUGAAGAACGUUUGGGAAAAUUUGAAUUGAGUCCGGAUGGAUCAUUAAUUGUUUUCAUUAACCGAAAUGGUCAAUUACAUUUUGUUUCUGCAAAGUCAAAAGAAUUGAUUGAUACUACACAACUUUCCGGUAAUAUCAACACUGUUACAUUUCGACCGGAUGGUGAAGUUAUGUUCGCCAGCGGAGAUGAAGGUAUUGUCACAGUAUUCGAUGUGCGUCGUCGAGCAGCGAUCCAUCGUUUCAUUGACGAUGGAAGUUAUUCAACAACCAGCAUGUGUGUCUCAUCCAAUCAACAAUAUUUUGUUACAGGUCAAAAGAGUGGCAUUGUUAAUGUUUAUUCGUACGAUGACGUUAUGAAGACUAAUGCACCAAAACCAAUAAAAUAUCUGAAAAACUUGACAACUUCGAUACAAAACGUCAAGAUGAAUGCAAGUUCAGAAUUAUUGGCCAUGAAUUCUUAUCAUCUUCCAAGAGCAGUCCGAUUGGUACAUAUGCCAACAUUGACAGUCUAUGAGAAUUUCCCGGAAUUUCAUGAUAAGAAGAUACAAAUCGUCAAUGGAUUGGAUUUCUCGCCGAACAGUGCCUUUUUCACGAUAGGCAACAACAAUGGCAAAGUGCUUUUGUAUCGUCUAAAACAUUUUAGUAACUAUUGA